ACAAAUCGUGACCACCAUCUUGAAGAGGUCUCGUCGCUCACUCACCUUUCUGUUUCUGAUCCUUCGCAAACUUUCCGACAUUGUUAUCGACCCUUUAGCCAGAGAAUCGCCGGGAUUGGCCACCAUGUCGUCAGGCAGCCCACCCACCGUACCCAAGGGAGCAAACCUUCAACUCAUCCAGAGAAUCAAGAAGAGUAUUCCAGCCACGAAGCAAAGCUUCCGAAAGUUUUUUGCAUUCAUACAUCUCCUCUUUUCCUUAGGCUUUACAAAGCUCGAUGUUCUUCUCAUCGCGGCCGGUACCUUCUUCGCCAUUGCCUCGGGCAUUCCGUUUCCCCUUCUGGGAAUCGUGUUUGGUGAAUUGAUCAACGACCUCAAUACAGCGACCUGCACCGACGCCGCGUCGACAUCAAACAAUGUCACAGAUAACGUGCGACAAAAAGUCUUGUACGUCAUCUACAUCACCAUCGCCAACUUCUGCUUCAUCUACAUCCACUGCAGCUGCUGGAGCUAUGCGAGUGAGCGCAUCGCUCGACGAUACCGCCGGCGUUAUUUCCAGAGCAUCGUCAGACAAGAUACCGCCUACAUCGAAGGGCUUCCCUCUGGCGACGUUAUAUCGCGGCUGGUGCGCGACGUUGAAGUUGUGCAGUCUGGUACUUCUGAAAAGGUUGGCAUUUUGAUCUCAACCGUCUCAUACUUUGUCACGUCGUAUGUCGUCGCAUUUAUGAAAGCACCCAAGAUCGCGGGUAUGCUGGUUUCAGUAGUGCCCUGUUAUUUCUUGAUGUCAUACGUUGGAGGAUAUUUCAUCAAGAAAUACACAACCCGGAUCAACACCCACGUCGACGCUGCAACUACAAUCGCUUCCUCCAGCCUUUCACAUCUGCCCCUUGUAUAUGCCUUCAGCUCUGGUGAUCGCCUUAUCAAGCUGUUCUCCGAUCACCUUCUUGAGUCGCGAAAAGACGCGCUCAAGAAAGCCGGCACGCAUGCAGUACAACUUGGACUUCUCUACUUUGUCGCAUACAGUUCCAAUGCCUUAGCCUUCUGGGCUGGCUCUCGUCAAAUCGCCGAAGCCGUUGAAUCUGAUCAAGGCAGCGUGUCUGUUGGUGCAGUUUAUACUGUCAUCUUCGUCUUGAUCGACGCGUCGUUUAUUCUGAGUCAGGUGGCGCCGUUCAUUCACAUGUUCGCUGCUGCUGCUGGCGCUUCUGACCGGUUGCAAUCAGUCAUCAAUAGGGACUCACUUAUUGACGGCACGUCAGACAAGGGCGAUAAAUCCGCUCCGUUUGGUGAAGAAGACAUUGUCUUCCGUGACGUUCACUUCUCCUAUCCGUCUCGCCCUGAUGCUCCUGUAUUGAAUGGAAUCAAUCUGAACAUCCCUCCUCGACAGCAUACUGCGAUCGUAGGGCCAUCUGGGGGUGGCAAGUCUACAGUGGUUUCUCUUCUGGAACGUUUCUACGACCCAGCAUCCGGUGAAUUACUGAUCGGUAGCCACCGCUUCCAGGACUUGAAUGUCAAAUACCUUCGAGGCAGCAUCGGAUAUGUGCAGCAGGAGCCAACACUAUUCAAUCGCUCUAUUCUUGAAAAUAUUGCCGAUGGGUUAAUGAACUCGUCUAACGAAAAUCAUAAGGAGCUCACUUCCGCUGUCCUGGGCUGCGCUCUGGCUGACCUAGCGGCGAGCAUACGCAAUGGCACACCGGAGAACGAAGCUCUAAAGGUACAUAACCACAACGUAGCCAGGGUUGUGGAGCUGGUUCGACACGCCGCGGCAAGUGCAAAUGCUUUGACAUUCAUUGAAACGCUCCCACACGGCCUUGCCACCAACACAGGGUCCGCCGGAAGUCAACUGAGUGGUGGGCAGAAACAGCGAAUUGCUUUAGCACGCGCUCUGGUUCGUGAGCCCUCACUUCUCAUUCUCGACGAGGCAACGGCGGCAUUGGAUUCAACUAGCGAGAGUCUGAUCCAUGAUGCUUUGGCCAAACUUCAAGACCGUAUUACCAUGGUAUCGAUCGCUCAUCGACUAGCAACCGCCAAAGAUGCACACAAAAUUGUGGUGAUCGACAAAGGCAAAGUGGUAGAGCAAGGUCCUCACACUGAACUGGUUGCCAAAGGUGGCGCUUAUGCUAAAAUGGUCGAGUUCCAGAACCUCGAUACACUGGAAACGCCAGCCAAACCUGAAGAUAGUGUAAGCCGCGACAGCCGUGCUAUCCGCAACACGUCACCUGAUUAUGGGAGCAAGGAGAUGACGGUCGAGGAUAGCGCUGUCAAGACCCCAGUUGAGGAAACGAAGAAGGAAACCGGCUCAGACAAGACGGUAGAGGAGUCGGACAAAUCAACACCUCCCAGGUGGUUCACUAUCAAGUUCGCAUUUGCAUUGGUCCGCCCUAAUCUGGGUUAUCUGAUUCUCGGCCUCUCUGCGUCUGUCAUCAUUGGUGGUAGUUACAUUUCGGAAGCUGUCAUCUUCGGGCACACCGUCAACAGCUUGAGCCCUUGUGGAGGGGCAGAUAAAAUCCGCCAUGGUGGUCAGUUGUACGGACUUCUGUUCUUCAUCAUGGCUCUGGUAGAGUUCUCCGCAAACGUCGUCGGUGGAUGUGCGUUUGGUUGGGCGGCCGAGAAGAUCCUGACCCGGAUCCGAAUCCUCUCUCUUCAAUCUCUCUUAAGUCAGACCAUAAGAUGGCACGGUAUGGAUGAUCGAACUCCUGGCACACUGAUAAGUUACAUCGUUAGCGAUGCCAGUUCGCUGAGCAAUAUUACUGGGUCUACCGUUGGCCUCAUUCUCGCUGCCGCUGUCAACCUGGUUGCUGGACUCGUUGUCUCCUUCGUCCUCGCAUGGAAGAUUGCCAUCGUACUCGCACCGUGCAUUCCGGUACUCCUUGUUUCUGGCAUAAUGAAGCUCCGGACGCAAGCGAAGUUCGCUGAGAGACAUCAAAAGGCAUUCGCGGAAGCAACUUCGAUCACUGUUGAGGCCAUUGACAACAUUCGGAUAGUGUCGGCUUUCUCUCUGGAGACAGAGUCAAACGUUCGGUAUGAGCACGCAUUGCGAGAACCAUACCACGAGACACUGCGUUCAAUUGCAUACAGCAAUGUUUUCCUGGCUUUGGCUUUCAGUAUCAGUAACCUUGUGUAUGCCCUGGCUUAUUGGUGGGGUACUCGGCAAGUGGUGGCUGGGCUCUAUUCCCAGACCCAAUUCUUCAUUAUUCUUCCUGCUCUCCUGUUCAGUACCCAAUCAUGCAGUCAGAUGUUCGCUCUUGCACCUGACAUUUCCAAGGCGGGACUUGCUGCGGCUAAUAUCACAAAGCUGCUGACUACGCGGUCGGCAGAUGACGAGCUGAACCCCCAAAGCCCCGGUCAGAAACACAGUGCCUACAAAUUGCUUCUUUCUGAAGAGUCUCAUGACACGGAGGCGGCAGACUCGAGCGUCCCAGUUUCAUCCGGCUCAGGUAUGAAUGUUCAGUUGCGUGACAUACACUUCGAGUACCCAUCACGACCUGGGCAUCCAGUCCUUUGUGGCGUCAACUUGAACAUCCAGGCUGGCCAAUUCUGUGCUUUAGCUGGUCCCAGUGGCUCGGGAAAGUCCACCAUUUUUGCAAUAUUGGAGCGAUUCUACCGCCCUAACCGUGGAGCCGUGGUCAUGGACGGGAUCGAUAUCACGCGCCAGCUUGGAACCGAGUUUCGGGACGACAUAGCGCUUGUUCCGCAAGAAAACGUGCUUUUCGAGGGUUCCGUCACCUUCAAUCUAGGUCUAGGCGCCCGGCCUGGCCACCAGCCAAGCCAAGAGGAUAUAGAAGAAGCCUGUCGCGCGGCCAGUAUUCACGAGGUAAUCAUGAGCUUGCCCCAAGGUUAUGAUACACCAUGUAGCCACGAUGGCAAGCAGUUCUCUGGUGGCCAGCGUCAGCGACUAUCAAUCGCUCGUGCUCUGCUGCGCCGUCCACGCCUGCUAUUGCUUGAUGAGUCCACCAGCGCUUUGGAUGGUGAGUCUGAGAGGCGGAUUCAAGAUUCGCUUAUGGCUUUGCGAGGGCGCACGACCAUUAUCGCCAUUGCGCAUCGACUGAAUACUAUCCAGCACGCAGACUGCAUCUACCUGAUCGAGGCGGGCCAGUGCGUGGAGCAGGGUACUCAUCUUGAGCUCAUUGAACGCAGCGAAACAUAUCGCUCAAGCGUCAUUCAACAAUCCAUCCAAUCCUAGAUAAAUCGCCAUAGAAGCUGUUUUAGAAGCUAUUCGCUACACCACCGUAAAAUGUAAUAUCA